GUAUAGCAUGGACAGAGACACGAAGUACAUUUAGUAGCUUGCGUUGUCGUACUGCAAUCGCCAGCUUAAGUCCAGAUUUAAUCUCCAGAUUGUUAAGUCACAGUCUGAUCUAUUUUUGCCUUAAUACAACUGUGUGAGUCGAAAAAUAAGUUAUUUCAUUAGCAUUUUGUGACUUACGUCUCUGAGUUGGCUUCCGGACCAGAGGUGUAAAUCGUUCCAAACCGGUUUUUCCGCGUCAAUUGUGAGACUUUCAGGCUAUAAUGAACGCAGCAAAUAACAUCCACCUUUUGUGCAUUGCUGAUCCACAGCGGGCACUGGCUGCUAGUCUAUCCGAGGGAAACAUUAAACAUUUUCAGUACGCUCUGAGCUGCGGAGCUGAUCCAAAUUUGACGGACGAACGCACGGGAUUCUCAGUAUUCGAACAAGCUUGCCAGCGAAGCGGUAGUGCAGAAUUCAUUCAGGAAUGUAUCAACAAUGGAGCAGAUGAGCUAGUGCAAAAUAAAAAUGGCAAAUAUCCGAUUCACUUUGCAGUAUCAUCGCUAGAUCCCAGCAAUAUCCAAACAUUAUUGCGCUCUUCUGCCAGAACCAUUGACCUAUCAUACCAAGACCAAACGCCACUACAUAUGCUCUUUGAAGUGAUUGAUCAAAACAAUUGGAGCAAUACUUUUGAAUGCGUUAAAGUUUUGUUGAAGAACGGAGCAGAUAUCAAUAUUUGCAAUGACGAUAAUCGUUCACCGAUUGGUGUAUUUGUGAAAAACUCUAAGAAUUGGAGAACCAAAUCUGAAUUUUGGAGAAAGGAUAUACUUGAAUAUUGCUUAAAACAAACCAACGUGGACGUCGAUACUUUUCGAAAAGGAGAAUUAAGAAAAAAGAUAGAAAAUUUGUUUCCUGAAACAAAGAUACCAUCCUACAUCAUGGAAUCUAAUUUGGCUGUUCUCAUUUCACUGCUGAAGUCACACAAAGAUGCGAAAUUUGAAGCUGUAUACAAACAAUAUAAAGAAGAAAAUCAACAUGACCUAAUCUCGUGGAAGAAGGAUAAAACUGAGCUGGUAAAAGCUGCUGUUCACUCGGGAACCUUAGAAUCUGUGAAGAAACUAGUGGAAGAUGAUUUCGUUUUCGAUGCAGAUUCUGAACUAUCAGAUUUGUUGGCUAGAUGCUGUAGUUAUGGAAAUUAUGACAUUUUAGAGUAUUUGUUCACCAAAAUUGGGCACACGGACCGGGAGGUUAAACAGAUUAAUACAAACCCGUUGAUAGCAUUGGUAGUAAAAGAGAUCAAUAUUCUGAAGGAUAAGGACAAGUGUCCGUAUUUCAAGUGCCUCAAAUGUUUGCUGGCAGAUGGCCGUAUUGAGAUCGAUACAACAGACGAUAAAGGAUUUAGUGCGCUGCAUUAUGCUGUAAAAUAUAAAGUAGAUGAUGCAGUAGAUAUGUUAUUGAAAAAUGCUGCAUACAUUGGCAAACAAAAUAUGUUCAAGGAGUUGCCAAUUUGCGAAAUGAGUGCGGAGGUACUUGAGAAGUAUCUUGAUUCGUGCCUUACUACCAACGAAAAGCGGCCAGGAGACGACGAUUAUGAAAUCAGUAUUGACUAUUCUUGUCUGGUUCCACCUGAGUACAAGGCCAAUUAUACCGGUGAUAAAACAACGAAUGCUAACGCAUUUUCAGAUGAAAUGUUACCAAUUGUAUAUAUGUCAAAGUCAUCUGAUUUAAAACAUUUGCUGAAACAUCCAGUGAUUUCCAGUUUUAUUCUCAUUAAAUGGUUAAGGCUUAGCUUAUACUUCUACAUCAACUUUGUGAUAUGCACACUAUUCUUCCUAUGUUUCACCUGGUACGUUGUGGGAUGUUAUGGACAAGACAACGUUGAUCGAUUUCUCAAAGAAUCGCUUAGAAUACUGUCGUUGGCGGGUACGACUUACAUGGCUUUACGCGAACUCGGACAAAUGAUGUUACAUGCAAGGCAGUACUUCACUUCAUUGGAAAAUUGGAUGGAAAUUGUUCUAAUCGUUGCAUCAUACACUGUUCUGCUGAAGGAAUUUGGAGAUGACUUCCGACGAGUCAUAUCUGCAGUAGUUAUUCUUCUGUCGGCAGUCGAAUUCACCUUACUGGUUGGAUCCCUUCCUGUGCUCUCAAUAUCAACACAUAUGGUGAUGCUGAAAACGGUGUCUAAAAAUUUUCUCAAAAGUUUGAUUCUAUACUCCAUUGUGUUGAUUUCUUUUGCAUUCUGCUUUUACACUUUAUUCAAUGUAAGUAGCGCAAAGAAUAAUACUGGGACAUAUUCCACCGCUACUGAGAAAGAAUCUGAAGACAAGUUCAAUAAAUUUGCUGACAUCAGAACAUCAUUACUGAAAACUGUUGUGAUGUUAACAGGAGAAUUCGAAGCUGCAAACAUAGAAUUUGACACCAACAGUACCAGCUACCUCAUUUUCGUACUAUUUAUAUUCUUCGUAGCCAUUGUGAUCUUCAAUCUAAUGAACGGUUUGGCUGUUAGUGAUACUGCGGCAAUCAAAGCUGAGGCGGAACUGAUAGGACUGUCGCAGAAAGUAGAAGUAAUUUAUAAGUAUGAGAACGCGCUAAAAACAAAUGGAAUCGACGGAUUCAUUACAAAAUCCAUAUUCAGCAUUUUCCCAACGACAUUCCUCCAGUUAUUCCCGGAGUAUCUUCCCAUGCACUAUGUGAUAGUGACACCUAAUCAAUCGAAUGCUAUUUUCAUUCCACGACCGUUUCAUAACAUUGAUUCAGCAUCCCGUAUUGACGUGGAAAGCCAUAUCGAACUGUUACCCCUCAACAAACAGCCGGAGGAAAAGAUUCGCCUCACUAUUGGAUGCUGCGUUUUACCCGCGUGCUCCCGCAUGGACGCCAAAAUCAUGAAAUAUGCCAAGGAAAUUUUACACUCCCGCAAUAGGAAAAGCCGUACCGUGGAUAGGAUGCAACCUAUGGAGGCUCGUUUAAACAAGAUAGAGCGAGACGUAGGAAAAAUAUUGGAAUAUUUGAGUCAAUCGCAAACUAUGAAAUAGUAGUUGAAUCCUAAAUGAUUUGAUUAGUUUAACCAACUGCUAGAAUUUCAUGCUUUCCCGAGUAGGUCAAAUUAAUAGAUUCACAUCAUGUUAUGUUAUUGAGUUCAAUAAUUUUCCUAACAAAGGCUGUUUUGAACUUGAUUCAGAGUGCUGUUAGAGUAACUAAGAUUUCUAACAAAAUUUCGAAACAGUAUCAGUGUUGUUAUAUUUUUGUGAAGAAAAAAAGUCGAAUCGAAUUAUUAUAAUUCAGUUAUAUCAAUGGUUGUAAUUAAUAACCGAAGCGGUUACAAUUGUGUUACAAUUUUGUUUAGCAUCCUCACUGAGAUUAAUUACACGUUAUUCUAACUAUUUCAACUAAUUUUGUUAAGAUGAUUUUAAAUUUUAUUUAAAAAAUAUUUACACAUAAAGCAAUUCUAAAUUCACAA